GAAAAAGAAGCAAGUGAAUGAUGCGCGUGCUGCAUAGGCGUAAAUGAUUUAUAACAACAAGCAGAGCGCUGUGUAUUAGUGCAAUAUUAAUUUAGUGAGUGUGUGCUACGCAUUUAGCCAGUGCCUUUGUAUUUUUUUUUUUUUUUUUUGGUGCAAAACAAUGUCAUAAUAGUAGCCGAAAACAACAACAACAAAAACAAAGCAACGACAAUAAACUCGUCUGGGUUUUUACUGUACCAACAAAAAUGAGGAACAGACAACAGCAACGACAACAACAAAUGCCGCUAAAGCAACUAACGCAGUUUGUUUUCAACAUUUUGACAAUUUUGUGGUGGCCACAGUUCGCUGCUGGCGCCGAUUUGGUCAUCAAUGUGCCGAAUGUGAGCAGCAACGAUAAUGCGUUUUACCGCAUCGACUACAGUCCGCCCUAUGGCUAUCCGGAGCCCAAUACGACAAUUCCGGCCAGCGAAUUGGGUCAGGAUAUACAAUUGUCCCGAGUCCUGCCUGGCAGCGAAUAUAACUUUUGGUUAUACUAUACGAAUUCUACGCAUCGGGAGCUGCUCACGUGGACGGUGAAUAUAACAACGGCUCCUGAUCCGCCGGAUAAUCUGAAUGUACAGCUGCGUUCGAGCAAGAGCGCCAACAUCACAUGGCGUCCACCCGGGCAGGGUAAUUACUCGGGCUUCAAGAUACGCAUCUUGGGACUGACAGAGCCGCCGCACAGUGAAUUCAAUCGCAGCUAUACGCUGAUGGGCAACGAUACGCUGCAGUUGUCGGCCAAGGAGCUGACGCCGGGGGGCACGUAUCAGGUGCAGGCCUAUACUAUAUAUCAGAAUAAAGAAUCUCUGGCGUAUACGAGUCGCAAUUUUACCACAAAGCCGAAUACGCCGGGCAAGUUCAUCGUUUGGUUUCGCAACGAGACGACGCUGCUGGUGCUGUGGCAGCCACCGUAUCCGGCGGGCAUCUAUACGCACUACAAGGUGUCCAUAACUCCCGACGAUGCCAUCGAUAGUGUGCUCUAUGUGGAGCGCGAGGGCGAACCGCCGGGACCGGCGCAGGCGGCCUUCAAGGGUCUGGUGCCCGGACGUGCCUACAACAUAUCCGUGCAGACAGUGUCCGAGGAUGAGACGUCGAUUCCGACUACAGCGCGCUAUCUGACGGUGCCGGAGCGACCGCUCAAUGUGAGCUUCGAUGCCAAGUUUACGACGACGAGUUCGUUUCGCGUGCGCUGGGAACCGCCGCGCACGUACAGUGAGUACGACAGUUUUCAGGUCUCGCUGCUGUCCACGCGUCGCGUGUUUACUGUGCCGCGCACCGAAACGGAAACGAACAGCGUCUACUUCGACUAUCCCGAAGUGCUGGAGGCGGGCAAAACCUACGAAGUGGUGGUCAAAACUAUUUCCGAUAAUGUCAACAGCUGGCCAACGAAUGGAAAGAUUACGCUGCGUCCCAGAGAGGUGCGCAGUCUGCGUGGCUAUCUCGACGAUCGCAACAAUGUGGUGCACCUGAGCUGGGAUCCAGCGGAGAACAGCAAGCAGGAUGGCUAUAGAAUAAGUUACUAUGAGGAGCACGCAGCAGAGGAGGAGGCGGCGGAGGCGGAGGCAAGCAACUCGCGUCCAGUGCAAACUGUAAAGACAGACAAAACAGAGUUUAAGCUGGAGGCAUUGCUGCCAGGACGUCGUUAUCGCAUCGAUGUGCAAGCGCUGUCCAAUGGCAGCAGCUCCGAUCCGAGCAGCCUGCUACGGGAUACGCGACCCGCCGCGCCCAUCAUACAACAGCUGCAUAGCAUACAGCAAGGAUUGAACAUCAGCUGGCGCAGCGAUGUCAACUCCAAGCAGCAGCGAUACGAGGUGCACUACCAGCGCAACGGAACGCACGAGGAGCGCACCAUAAGCACCAAUCAGACAAGCAUCACCAUUAAGUAUUUGCAUCCGGGUGCGGGCUACGAGAUCAAGGUCUAUGCCAUCAGCCACGACAUACGCAGCGAGCCGCAUGCUUAUUUCCAAGCUGUCUUUCCCAAGCCACCGCUGAAUCUUACGCUGCGCACCAUCAACACAAAUCUCGUGCUGCUGCAAUGGCAGCCACCUGUGGAUAGCGACUACAGUGAAUACGCCGUGCGUUAUCGCACUGCCCUCUCGCCCUGGCAGCGUCUGCCCAACGUGCAUGAGCCCAGCGCACACAUCAAGGACAUGCACUAUGGCGAGCGUUAUCUGGUGCAGGUCAACACUGUGAGCUUUGGUGUGGAGAGUCCAGCGCCGCUGGAACUGAAUGUUACGAUGCCGCCACAGCCCGUGUCCAAUGUGGUGCCGCUGGUGGAUUCGCGUAAUUUGACACUCGAGUGGCCCAAGCCAGUGGGACAUGUGGAUUACUAUACGAUCAAGUGGUGGCCCACUGACGCCAGUCAGCAAGUCGAAUAUAAAAAUGUGUCCCUUAAAGAGGAGAAGCCCUCCUCCGCCGCCUUGAGCGUGCGCGUGCCCAUUGAGAAGCUGUCGCCAGGACGUCAGUACAAGUUCGAGGUGCAGGCGAGCUCCAAUGGCAUACGCUCGGGCAUUACGCAUCUGUCGACACGCACCAUGCCGCUAAUACAGUCGGAUGUGUUCAUAGCCAAUGCCAAUGAGGAGCAACAGCAGGCGGAGCAGGAGCCAAACAACAGCAUCACGCUGAGCUAUACGCCCACGCCCAGUUCGAGCACGCGCUUUGAUAUUUAUCGCUUCUCGCUGGGCGAUGCGCUCAUCAAGGACAAGGAGAAGCUGGCGAAUGAUACGGAGCGCAAGUUGAGCUUUACAGGAUUGACACCUGGACGGCUGUACAAUAUAACAGUGUGGACUGUAAGCGGCGGCGUUGCCAGUUUGCCCAUACAGCGUUUGUAUAGGCUGCAUCCGCUGGCCAUCAAAGAGCUGCAGGCGACAGAGCUGAGCGCGCGCGAAAUUACAUUGCAUUGGACUGCGCCCGCUGGCGAGUAUACGGACUUUGAGCUGCAGUAUUUGCAGGGCGAGGAGCUGCUGCAGCAGGCGACAAGCGAGACGAGCAUUAAGCUGGCGCAACUGCAGCCAUAUACGAACUACACGUUUACUGUAUCCACGCGCGCUGGCGGCAACACGCUGAUGCGCAGCAGUGCGCCCAUAUCGAUAAGCUACCAAACGCUGCCAGCAGCGCCUGGACGCGUGGAGGAGUUUCAGCCCAGCGAUGUGCAGCCGGCGGAAAUAAGCUUCAAGUGGCAGCUGGCGGCGGCGGAGCAGCAUGGACCCAUUGAGCACAUGCGCAUUGAAUGCCACAAUGUUGCCGAUGCUGCGGACAGCAGCAGCUACGAGCUGCCCGCAAAUGCCAGCGAUGCGCGCAUCGUUAAUCUGGUGCCGGGCAACACUUACAUCUUUCGGCUGCAGGCCAAGUCGGCAGCUGGACUGGGCUAUGGCGCUGAGCGCGAGUACAGGCAAACAAUGCCCAUACUGGCGCCGCCAACGCCGCCCUCAAACGUUAUGCCCAUCAUUGUGGCCAGGAGCAGCUUCACCAUACACAUACGCUACAAGCAGAACUACUUCAGCAAUGCGCAUGGACUGGUGCGCUACUAUGCCAUCAUUGUGGCCGAAAAUGUGGGCAAGAACGCCAGCGGACUGGAGAUGCCCAGCUGGCGAGAUGUGCAGUCGUACACCGUGUGGUUGCCCUACCAGGCCAGCGAGCCGUACAAUCCUUUUGUGAAUAGCACGCGCAAUGGCGUUGAGGAUUACAUUAUAGGCAGCGCCAACUGUGAGCUGCCACGCAGCGGCUACUGCAAUGGUCCACUUAAGUCCGCCACCACUUAUCGCGUCAAGGUGCGCGCCUUUACCGAUGAGGACAAAUUUACGGACACCGUCUACAGCGAGCCCAUUACCACCGAUCGCAACGAUGGCUUCUGGCUAGCGCUCAGUCUGUUCAGCUGCAUUUUGCUGUUUGCCAUUGGAUUGCUUGUCUACUUGUAUCGCCAGCGCUGUCAGCGCCUGCGCCGCGCCAGCAAUAAACUUGCCUGCAUGCAGGAUGAGCUCACCACGCUGCCCGAUGGCUUCAUUGCGCCCAAUCGUCCCAUACAUGUGAAGGACUUUUCGGAGCACUUUCGCCUCAUGUCCGCCGACUCGGACUUUCGCUUUAGCGAGGAGUUCGAGCAGCUCAAGCAUGUGGGCCGCGAUCAGGCCUGCAGCUUUGCCGAUCUGCCCUGCAAUCGUCCCAAGAAUCGCUUCACCAACAUUCUGCCCUACGAUCAUUCGCGCUUCAAGCUGCAGCCUGUGGACGAUGACGAUGGCAGCGACUACAUCAAUGCCAACUACAUGCCUGGCCACAAUUCGCCGCGUGAGUUCAUCGUCACGCAGGGACCGCUGCACUCCACGCGCGAGGAGUUCUGGCGCAUGUGCUGGGAGAGCAAUUCCCGUGCCAUUGUCAUGCUGACGCGCUGCAUCGAGAAGGGGCGCGAAAAGUGCGAUCAGUACUGGCCCAUUGAUCGCGUGCCCAUUUUCUAUGGCGACAUCAAGGUGCAGCUCAUUACGGAUACGCAUUUCCACGACUGGUCCAUUUCCGAGUUUAUGGUCUCGCGCAACUGCGAAUCGCGCAUUAUGCGUCACUUUCAUUUCACCACUUGGCCGGACUUUGGUGUGCCAGAUCCGCCACAGUCUCUGGUGCGCUUUGUGCGCGCCUUUCGUGACGUCAUCGGCACCGAUAUGCGUCCCAUCAUUGUUCACUGCAGCGCCGGCGUUGGACGCUCCGGCACUUUCAUUGCUCUGGAUCGUCUGCUGCAGCACAUCAAAAAGUCUGACUACGUCGAUGUCUUUGGCAUUGUCUUUGCCAUGCGCAAGGAGCGCGUCUUCAUGGUGCAAACGGAGCAGCAAUAUGUGUGCAUCCAUCAAUGUUUGCAGGCGGUGCUGGAGGGUAAGGAGCAUCUGCUGGCUGAUUCACGUGAGCUGCAUCAGAACGAUGGCUACGAAGAUGACGAGGGCAUUGCUGAAACAGGCAUCUGAUCCAGCCAGGAGAGAGAGUGACGGACACACAGCGAGUGAGAGCGAGAGAGAGAGAGAGCAACGUUGCUGAUAUUUAUA